UAUAAAAAAUGAAUUUACAAAAAUAUAUCAACGAUUUUCAAUCAUUAGUUUACCGUGUACGAAGUAAUUCGACUCUAGCGUAUCCAGAAUUUUCUUCUCUCCAUUCACGUUUAAAAACUUACAAAAAAUUUCCUGAAAAUUCUUUUCAAAAUAAAUACGAUCUUUCUGAGUGCGGAUUAAAAUAUUCUGGUAUUGAUGAUGUCGUUGAAUGCUUCUGCUGCGGACUUAUUCUCCAUAAUUGGGAGAAGCUGGACAAUCCAUGGAUCGAACAUUGCAGAUACAACCCAAACUGUAUUUAUGUAUUAUUAAUGCGAGGAAAUCAGUUUGUUCAAAAAAUACUAGCUAAAUAUUGUAAAACUGAACAUAAUAUGUGUACUUGUGAAAAUAUGUCAUACGAUACAGUUUGUUAAA